AUUUUCUUGCAUUCCAAAUUCCAUCCUUCAUGUCCCGACAUGAAGAAGUAACGGCAAGACAGACAUGUUGAGAUUGGUAUCAUGGUGUCCCUUGCUACCAAAUGCUAUGGUAGUAGCUAGUCCGUCACGAGAGCUGAGACACGACCAGCAGGAUGGCAGCGUAGGGGCUUGAGGACUUUCAAGAUACUCCUUUAUGAGAUGCGAAAAAAUUGUUUGAAAACACCUUCUCUUCUUUUCUUAUACUUUUAUUAGCAAUGCCUCCACGGGUAACACGCGCAGCUUCUCGUCGCUCUGACACCUGCGCCGCAGUCGCCAAUGGAAUUGUGAGCCCCGGAAGGAAGAAACGAGAACGCGAAGAAGCUGGCUCCUCGCCUCCAUUCGUCUCCAAACGGCCCAGAGAGGCCGCAAUUGAUAGUGGCAAGGCCAUUUCUGUAUCGGCUGUGAGUGAAGCAGGGGUUUCGGAGGAACCAGUGAUCCCGAUAAAAGUUGAGAAGGACAUGGUAGAAGAGAAGGUUAAAGCAACGGUUCAGAAGACGAGAAAAAGGAAAACGAAAGGGAAGGAAGAACAGGCGGAAGAUAUGAAGCCCCUUGCUCCCCGCACCGAAGGACUGCGUAUGUUCAUUGGAGCGCAUGUUAGUGCUUCCAAAGGAAUACACAAUGCGGUUACGAAUAGCUUGCAUAUUGGUGGGAAUGCUUUUGCUUUAUUCCUAAAAUCCCAACGAAAAUGGGACAACCCUCCGAUGCAAGAUGACCAUAGGGAUCAGUUCCGGACGCUGUGUUCAGAGCAUAAAUACGAUGCUUCUAAAUACGUGCUCCCGCACGGCUCCUAUCUUGUCAAUCUGGCACAGGAAGACCCCACUAAAGCAAACCAAGCGUAUAAUUCUUUUAUCGAUGACCUAAGACGGUGUGAAGAACUCGGCAUCAAGCUUUACAAUUUUCAUCCCGGUGCAAGCAACCAAUCCACGCUUGAAUCAGCCCUCUCUCGACUUGCGAAGGCGCUCAUCGCUGCCCUAGACGCUACGAAGACUGUAAUUCCCGUUUUGGAAACGACCUGUGGUCAUGGAACAUCUAUUGGCGGCCCGCUUUCGCAUUUUAAAUCGUUAUUGGCCCUGAUUCCUGAAUCUUACCAUUCACGCUUGGGUAUAUGUCUGGAUACGUGUCAUACAUUUGCGGCGGGGUACGACCUCCGUACACAAGAUACCUGGAAUGCAUUUAUGAAAGAAUUUGACGAGACAGUCGGCCUAAAGUUCCUACGAGCGUUGCACAUAAAUGACUCGAAGACUCCACUAGGAAGUAACCGUGAUCUGCAUGCCAACAUUGGGACAGGUUUCCUAGGCUUAAGGGCAUUUCAUAAUCUGAUGAAUGAUAAACGGCUGGAAGGGUUGCCUAUGAUUCUGGAAACGCCCAUCGAUAGGCCUGCAGAAUCCGUCAAAGCGGAGCAAAAAGAGGAGGCUCUUGCUUCCGAAUGUGCACACGAUGAGUUAGAUGUCUCGGAGGCAGAAAGUCCUUCCAAAAAGCGCACCAAAGCAUCCACUUCUUCGAAGGUUAAGAAGAUCCGGACGACAAAGGCGAAGACCAAAACGAAACCCGCAAUGAUCGAAGAUAAAUCCGUCUGGGUUCGUGAAAUUAAGUUAUUGGAGAGUUUGAUCGGGAUGGAUCCCGAGAGCGAGAAGUUCAAAUCCCUCGAGGCCGAGCUGUCUGAGCAAGGAAGGGAAGAGCGAGAGAAACAGCAAGCAUUGUAUGACAAGAAGAAAGAGAAGGAGAAGGCGAAGGAGGAAAAGCAGAAGGACAUUCGGGUUAUGUUUGGCACGAAGAAAAAGGGUGCAAAAGCUAAGACUGCCGGGAGAAGGGGGAGGAAAGGAGGGAGGGUGGAAUCGAGUGACGAAGAGAGCGCACUCAGCAGUGAAAAUGAUGAGAGUACGUAACUGUCAGGCGGAACGGCUUGUCAGUACAAUCAGUUGCCCACUAGACGACACUUAUCUCUUUUCUCUAGGCGUUGAUUCUCCUGUUAACGUCACAGCCCGGUUGUCUGAGGCCAGAUUAUCAAGCCCGAGGAUCCCACAGGAACCCUCGUUACGGUUCGAAGAUCGUGAAGGUUUUCUUGCUCUGCGUGGACACAGCCGUAGGGGCGUCACACGUGCGCAUGGCAUCCGUGGCCUGAUCAACAAUCAUUUGUUGAUGACGUUCGAAAUGAACGGGCGGUUGAACGACGCACUCUUGAGUUAAACUUUUGGAACGCAAGGUGACUUUCACGAUGAGUAGAUAUUAUUAAAGAGAAUCCUGAAGGACAGGGGGAGCAAUAGCCUUCAUAUACCGAAUGCCUGACCGGUCUCCCGAGUAAGUCUGAGAGGCAUGGGGUGCCUUGCAGGAUGUAACCUCGGUACCAGGCAUGGCCCAAAUCGGACAGCAAUUAUUAUAUAAAUAUCAUAGUUAUGAAGUACAAAACGUACGAUUGCGAUGCUCUGAUUCACCUUUCUCCAUCACUCUGCGACCCCACUGGAUGCUGAGAGCCGGUACGCCCUCCAACAAUGAGUACCCUAUGGGUCCGGCACCGUGCCGGAUUCUCUUCGAAGACGAGGCGGAAAACGACCGGUCGUUAACAAGACUGUCUGUUGACCGCCCAGCGCUGCGUCAUCGCGAUGGACGGCGGGCGGAUGCGCUAGUUCGAAGGGGGGCUAGGCCGAGCCAUCGCAUUGCGGCGUGCAUUUUCGUCCGAACCUUGCGCUGAAGCCAGGCGACGGAGGAUGCAACUUUGGCGUCAUCGCCCCGGGGCCCGCUGCGAUGUCCCAACGGCAGAUUCCCGUUCCCCAGUUCGGGCAAUCUAGAACAGAACAA